UAAUACAAACGCGCUGUGACUUGCUAUAUAUAUGUAUAUAAAAUAGUGACAUCAGAGUGUGUUUGAAGAUGGCGGAAAAUGCAAGCGAAAAUCUUGACACCGAGUGUUGUCCUAAAAAAAAACAAAAAGUGGAAAAUACGCCAGAUGAAAUUGAGAAAAAACAUGAUACUGCUGACGAUGUAGAUGAAUUCCUCCAAGAUAUUGCGAAUUUUCAAGUGAAAAAUAUACUGCGAAAUGAUACAACGAAUAAACGAAUUGCUGUACAAGGGUUAUUCAAGGGACGCAGCGAAAAUGCUCUAAUUGUUUUGGAAAAGAAGAUAUUCCCGGAGGAACGAGAGAUUUUGCAGGAAGGAUUUUUCGAUAGUAAUUCGAGUUCAAAGAAGAUCUAUCGUAAUGAUAUUUAUCGUGGAUACGAUUGGUUCCCAAUGAAACAACACAAUGGAUUGAAUGUAACAAUAACGUAUCCUGCAACGAAUAAGCACAUUGAAAAAUGGAUGCCACCAGAGUAUUAUUUAAUUGAAGAGACACCAGAGUUAUAUAAAAAUGUAACUCUACCGCGACUUUUGAGAGAACCAUUUUCGUUGCAGUGGGUUGAUAAUAUUUUAAAUGGCACAGCUGAAAAGGACAGAGUUAUAUAUAAUGACGCAGACAAUGAUCUAGGCUUUGUAUUGGUAAAAGACCUCAAAUGGGAUGAUCAAAUUCAAACGCUGUAUUUAUUAGCAAUAACGAGACAAAGAAUACGUUCAAUCAGAGAAUUGAAUGAGACUCAUCUGCCAUUACUGAAGAAUAUCAAAGAAAGUGCUUGCAAGGCCAUUGAGGAGCAAUACAAAAUACCAAGGUCACAAUUGAAAAUCUUCUUUCAUUAUCAGCCAACUUUUUACCACCUCCACGUGCAUUUCACAAGUUUCGCCGUUGAGAAUGCCGGUGCAAUUGUCGAGAGGGCCCAUCUACUGACAACCGUGAUUAAUAAUAUUGAGUUGGUGUCGGAUUAUUAUGAAAAGGCAGUCCUUUCAUUUCGUGUUCCAAAAUUAUCGUCUUAUACACCCUACAGUGAAUAUUUGGAUGAAAAUCAACAUGUAAAAAAAAAAUCACGUUUUUCUGACUAGAAACUUAACUUUUUUGAAAAUUAAUUACUUGCAUCAGUGAAAAUGUACCUCUCGUCACAUAAGCGUCACUAAACAUUGGCCUCAUUAAUAAUCGAUACUAUUGUACAAUUGUCAAAGUCAUAUUUUUAUAAAUAUACAAUCUCGUAUCUUCUUAAUAUUACUCAAUCAAUUCCAACACCUGGAACAAAUUUAGCUGUGAAUCCCUCUUCUCAAGAUAUUAUGUAAGGGCACAUUAUUUUUUAGGCUUUGUUUUCAUCACAAAUACACACAAUUAUGUGCUUUUUGGAAAUACACAAAAUAUCUGAUAAAAUACUCAUACCCCAGAAUAUUAUGCGACAAAAUUAUACGAUGAAUUACACCAAAAAUUAUGGCCUUACAACUGACAAUUAUUGUAGACUUGAGUUUUGUUUUUCUGUAUUUUCUUGCAUUAAAUAAUUAUGCAUAAGUA